AUGAGGUCUAAAGCUAUAUUUGUUCUUGACAAUGCUUCCUUGCAAAAGGGCCUGGUUAGAAAGGAAUGGAAAAUUCUGAAUUCAGAUGAUGAUGCCCAACUUUUGCUAAAUCAGCGGAAGAAUCUUAAUGAUUAUCGGCCUGACAUAGUUCAUGAGGCUCUCCGCUCCAUUUUAGACAGCCCGCUUAAUAAAGCUGGCAUGGUAGCAGCUAUAUAUGUCAAAAUUGACAAAGGACUUCUUUUUGAAGUCAGACCACAUGUUCGACUUCCACGAACAUGUAAGCGAUUUUGUGGUGUCAUUUUGGAAUUGCUUCAAAAAUCCCGUGUGUAUGCAAAAGAUACAAAUGAAGUACUCCUUCGUGUUCUUGAAGAACCUGUGACACGCCAUUUACCAGUCAAUUCUCACAUAAUAGGUCUCUCUUAUAACUCAGAAAGGCUAGUUGACAUAGAGGAUUAUGUGUCGGCUAUGGAUUAUGCUGUUAGUCCUGUAUACGUGGUGGGUGCAAUGGUGAAUGGGAGUGUAAAGAAGGACUAUAUGCAUGAUUAUAUCUCAGUUUCUGGUUAUCCACUUUCUGCCAAAUGCUGCAUAGGACUGAUCUGUGAGGCAAUGGAGCAAAAAUGGAAUAUCUUUUGAAUGCAUUCCAUCAAGUAGUAGGUCAAUUAGAAGGACCAAAAGUUUAUUCCUUAUUUAUGUCAAAGUUCCAAAUGCAACUGAAGAUUCUUU